GCAGACGCGUACUGUAUGAAUAACUUGUGUGAUAUGUGGAAGUGGAUGAUGCUCCGUCAUCAAUGCUCGUAGUGGUAAAGUUUAACUACAGGAAAUAGUCAUGAAUUCAGCGAGUAAGGUUGGAGAAAUAUUUACGGCUGCCGGUGCAGCUUUCAAUAAACUUGGUGAGCUGACGAUGCAGCUACAUCCAACAACAGAUUCACCAGCUGGUAAAUGGACUGACGAGGAAAUUGAGAUGCUCCGUCACUCGGUUAAGACAUUCAGCGAAGAUUUACACAAAAUAAGUGAUCACAUCAAAGGGCGAACGGUAUCACAAAUAAAAACAGGCUUGAAGAAAAAAGUAUUUGAAGAAGCUGGUGUACCUAUAAGACACCCAGUACAGCAGAACGUUCAAAUUAAAAAACAACCUACUGUUAAUACUAAUCAAGGAUUAAUGAAUACGUCAGCGGAAGUAACAUUAAAUAUGUUGAAUGCAACCGAAUCUGAAGUUGACGUUGAAGGACUUCCUGAAGAGUGUCAAGUUAAAUUAGAAUUCGAGGGUGCCACUGAAGAAGUUGCGUCUUAACUUCCUUUUAAAAUUUAAUUAGUUGAUAAAAAAAUUAAAUAUCCAUUAUUUUUAUACAAGAAAAACAAAUUGAUCUUAAGACAAAGUAAAUUUAUUAAUGUAAAUUGUUUUAUUGUAAGUGUCGGUAAAUUCAUAAGUAUGUAAUUAUUUCUUCAAUUAUUUUUAAAUAUAUAGUAGUAUUUAA